AUGGGAGGGUGUUUCUCAGAUUUGGAAGGAGGAAAGCAAGCUGUGGGAGGGUUCCAUCAAUCCAACACCAAUGCCGCCCACAACGACGCCGUCGACAUGUUCUACACCGCUCAAGGUUUUCAGCCAUUGUGCACCCAAGUUGAGCUAUCUCUUUCAGCAUCUAACUUACUUGAUCAGGACAUUGUUUCAAAGAGUGAUCCCAUGGUUGCUGUGUUUGCAAAGAAAAGAGAUGGUAAUCUGGAAGAAUUAGGUCGCACUGAAGUCGUAAUGAAUUGCUUGAAUCCAGAGUGGAUAGAGAAAAUAACCCUUGCAUUUCAGUUCGAGGUUGUGCAACCACUUCAAUUUCAUGUGUAUGACAUUGAUACAAAAUAUCAUAGCGUUCCCACUAAGACACUAAAACUGAAAGAUCAAGAAUUCCUUGGAAUGACCAGCUGCACUUUAUCAGAGAUUGUGACUAAACCAAGCCGGAGCUUAACCUUAAGGCUCCAAAACAAAAGCGAGCAUGGUGGUUUAAGAAACCUAGGUUCAAUUACUGUUCAUGCUGAGGAGACUGUCGCUGCAAGGAGUGCUGUUGAGUUGAUCUUCCGUUGUUCUCGCUUGGAUAACAAGGACAUUUUUUCUAAAAGUGAUCCUUUCCUAAGAAUUUCAAGAGUAGUUGAGAGUGGAGGUUCUGUUCCUAUUUGCAAGACUGAAGUUAUUGAUAGCAAUUUAAAUCCAAAAUGGAAACCAGUUUGUAUUAGCUUCCAGCAGUUUGGAAGUAAAGAUAAUCCAUUAGUUAUCGAGUGUUUUGAUUUUAAUAGCAGUGGCAAUCAUGUACUUAUUGGUAAACUGCAGAAAUCAGUAGCAGACCUUGAAAAACUAUACAAAGAGAAAACAGGUGCAAAUUUUUUCGUACCAUCCAAACACCACAGACAAGAGAAGGUUCUGAAGGGUCAACUGUUUGUGGAUCACUAUAGUGAAAAGGAACAGUUCAGUUUUAUCGACUACAUAUCUAGUGGGUUUGAACUGAACUUCAUGGUUGCUAUAGAUUUCACUGCUUCAAAUGGAAGUCCUCAACAUCCAGAUUCUUUGCAUUACAUUGAUGUAUCUGGUCGGUUAAAUUCAUACCAAAAGGCAAUAAUGGAGGUUGGGGAAGUUAUUCAGUUCUAUGACUCUGACAAGCGGUUUCCUGCUUGGGGCUUCGGAGGAAAGAUAUAUGAUGGUACCGUAUCCCACUGCUUUAAUCUGAAUGGCGGUCCAGGUGGCUCUGAGGUUGUAGGAGUUGAAGGCAUAAUGGAUGCUUAUGCUAGCGCUUUACGCAAUGUCACCCUCUCUGGACCCACUUUGUUUGGCCCAGUUAUCAACAUGGCUGCAGAAAUGGCUACCGAGUCCCUUUCAUCACAUAACAGCUCCAAAUACUAUGUUUUGCUUAUCAUAACGGAUGGAGUUGUUACGGAUCUACAAGAAACAAUAAAUGCUCUGGUUAAAGCAUCUGACCUUCCCCUAUCGGUUCUCAUAGUUGGAGUUGGAAAUGCUGAUUUCACGAGCAUGGAGGUACUGGAUGCUGACAAUGGGAGUCGGUUAGAGAGUUCUACUGGUCGUGUAGCUACACGAGAUAUAGUACAGUUUGUCCCUAUGAGAGAAGUACAAAGUGGCCAGAUCUCUGUUGUACAAGCUCUAUUGCAAGAACUACCUGAUCAAUUUUUGACUUUCAUGAGAAGCAGGGACAUCAAGCCAUUUCCUUCCCAUUUUCCUCAUGCAUCCACUAUUCAAUAG